AUGGCCGAACCCGAGCGCGGCAACGAGCCUGCCGCCGACACGACGCAGCCACCACAGCAAGCAGCUGCACCACAGCCGGAGAGACAGCAAACCGAGUCUCAAACUCAGUCAGCUCAAGUUGAGCCGAAGUUGAGCAAUGGGAGCUCUGAUGUUGAGGACGAAGAGCGCGGAGAGAGAGACCAUAUCGACCUCCAGAACAACAUAACCGCAAAAGUACAGAACCCACUUGCCGGCAUCCCCAAGAGACGGCUUCUCCGCGAUGUGGAUGAGUUUGCGACCAGGUACGGAAUCGAGGAUUCUCUGCCGUUGCUGCGAAAGGGUGCUCUCAUAGCAAAGGAUCCCGCCAACUUCGAGACCGUCGAGGGCCUGACUGAGGACGAGCGAGAGUCAAUUCGCCGAGAAGUCACCCACAAGUGGCGCCAACCAUGGGCGAUGUACUUCACCAUCAUCCUCUGCUCUAUCGGAGCUGCUGUCCAAGGAUGGGAUCAGACUGGCUCCAACGGUGCCAAUCUUUCAUUCCCCAAAGCUCUGGGUAUAGAUGAUUCUCCAGGAGCUCCCAAUGCUGAAGUGAACUCCUGGCUUGUUGGACUCGUCAACUCUGGCCCUUACAUUGGCUCUGCUCUAUUUGGCUGCUGGCUUUCCGAUCCUCUGAACCAGUAUCUCGGCCGUCGUGGUACCAUAUUUGUUUCCGCCGUCUUCUGUGUCCUGACCCCAAUUGGUUCCGCUGUAGCUCAAACAUGGGAACAACUGCUGGCAACUCGUCUCCUUCUCGGGGUUGGAAUGGGUACAAAGGCCUCCACUGUUCCCAUCUUUUGUGCUGAAAACACUCCCGCCAUAGUCCGUGGUGGCCUUGUAAUGAGUUGGCAACUGUGGACUGCAUUCGGUAUCUUCCUCGGAUUCACUGCUAACCUUGUUGUGAAGGAUAUCGGAGCAAUUGCGUGGCGCUUGCAAGUCGGUUCUGCUUUCAUCCCAGCGGUCCCCCUUGUGGCAAUGGUGUAUCUUUGCCCCGAGUCGCCGCGUUGGUAUAUCAAGAAGGGCAAGGUCUCCAAGGCAUUCAAGUCUCUCAAGCGGCUGAGAAAUCAUGAGAUCCAGGCUGCUAGGGAUCUUUACCUGAUCUACUCCCAGAUCCAGAUCGAGGCUGAGCUCGCCGGAAACAGCAACUAUGUAACCCGUUUCAUCCAGCUCUUUACCAUCCCUCGAGUUCGACGUGCAACUCUGGCUUCCUUCGUCGUCAUGAUUGCUCAGCAGAUGUGCGGAAUCAACAUCAUGGCUUUCUACUCGUCGACUAUCUUCAAGCAAGCCGGUGCCAGUGAAUCUGAAGCCCUCAUUGCGUCCUUCGGUUUUGGUCUCGUCAACUUCGUCUUUGCGUUCCCCGCUAUUUGGACCAUCGAUACCUGGGGCCGACGAGCUCUGUUGAUCUUCACCUUCCCACAGAUGACAUGGACUCUCCUGGCAGCUGGUUUCUGCUUCUACAUCCCCGAGGACAACAGAGCACAUCUCGGUCUCAUUGCCUUCUUCGUCUUCCUCUUCGCUGCUUUCUACUCUCCUGGCGAAGGACCAGUGCCGUUCACCUACUCCGCCGAAGUGUUUCCCCUGUCCCAUCGUGAGGUCGGCAUGUCCUGGGCUGUGGCUACCUGUCUUUUCUGGGCAGCAGUGCUCUCUGUCUCCUUCCCCCGUAUUCUUCAAGCCAUGACCCCAACCGGUGCCUUCGGUUUCUAUGCUGGUCUGAACGUUGUUGCCCUGAUAAUGAUUUAUCUCUGGGUUCCUGAAACGAAACAACGCACCCUUGAAGAACUCGACUACAUCUUCGCCGUGCCCACAACGACGCACAUGCACUACCAGGUCUUCAAGGUCCUGCCUCACUUCUUCCGCCGUCACAUCCUUCGCCAGAAGAAUGCUGAUCUCGAACCCCUGUACAAGUUCGAUGAGCUUCACCGAGAUGACGACAGUGAUGAUGCCCGCCACAGUGUCCAGGCUGACAAUGGGGCGACAGAGAAGAUGUGA